AAUACCGCUGAUUUGUGCUAAAAUUGACAAUAAAAGUCGCGCAUCGACGGAUUUGUUUGGCCAAUUCCCCCCCUGCGCAAAGCGUUUACCGGGCGUAUAUAAAGAGUACCUCCAGUUCUACAUCGCUAUCCUCGUCACCACCAGCAGCCUGCACAAGGACAUCGGCAGCGGCCACAGCAGCAGCAACAUCAGCAUCAUCAUGGGGAAGGUUAUCUUCUACGAGGAACGCAACUUCCAGGGGCGCCGCUACGAGUGCAGCCAGGAGACGACCAACACGAGCCCCUUCCUGAGCCGCUGCAACUCCAUCCGCGUGGAGUCGGGCGCCUGGGUGGUGUUCGAGAGAGCCGACUUCAAGGGCUACAUGUACAUCCUCGAGCCCGGGGAGUACCCCGACUACCAGCGCUGGGCCGGCUUCAACGAGCGUCUGGGCUCCUGCAAGACGCUCCGCGAGGCGGACCGCCCCCAGCAGCACCGCGUGGCCCUCUACGAGAGCGAGGACUUCGGCGGUCAGGCGAUGGAGCUCACCGACGACUGCCCAUGCCUGCUCGAGCGAUUCCGCCGGCGCGAGACGCACUCCGUGCGCGUCUUUGACGGCGCGUGGGUGGCCCACGAGGAGCCCCACUACAAGGGGCGCCAGUACCUGCUGGAGAAGGGCGACUACCACAAGUGCAGCGAGUGGGGGGCCACGAGCCCUACCGUGCAGUCCAUGCGCUGCAUCAAGAAGCACUGAUGGCCGUAAACGACGACGGGGCGACUUUGAGCGAGCGCGCGCGUGCACGUGUGUGUGUGGGUGCACGUGUGUGUGUGUGCACGCGCUUCGACGCACGCGCACGCGCGACUUAACCUGCUGAACGACACAUCGAAAGCAACUCUCCCCACCCCCCCCCCCCCCUGACACAGAGAAAUGUGGUACCUGGUAAAUUAUUUUUAUUUGCUGCAGAUUUCAAUAAAGGAUUACGAUGUUGCAAAGUA